CGUAUACUGCGCAUGCUUCCAUUACUGGCCCGCUGGAACAUGGCGGCUUCUUUGAGUGGGGAGAAGGAGAAAGAAAGGCUGGCGGGUGGCUCGGUAUCGUCUGGCGGUAACAGCACGAGGGAGCGGCUGUUGUCUGCUCUUGAAGACCUGGAGGUCCUUUCGAGGGAACUUAUAGAAAUGCUGGCUAUUUCAAGAAACCAAAAAUUGUUACAGUCUGGAGAGGAAAACCAAGUCCUGGAAUUAUUAAUUCACCGGGAUGGGGAAUUUCAAGAACUAAUGAAAUUGGCACUUAAUCAGGGGAAAAUCCAUCAUGAAAUGCAAGUUUUAGAAAAAGAAGUAGAAAAGAGAGACAGUGAUAUUCAGCAACUACAGAAACAACUAAAGGAAGCAGAACAAAUACUGGCAACAGCUGUUUACCAAGCAAAAGAGAAACUCAAGUCAAUAGAAAAAGCAAGAAAAGGUGCUAUCUCCUCUGAAGAAAUAAUUAAGUAUGCACAUAGGAUCAGUGCAAGCAAUGCCGUGUGUGCCCCACUGACCUGGGUUCCAGGGGACCCACGUAGACCAUACCCAACUGAUUUAGAGAUGAGAAGUGGAUUAUUGGGUCAGAUGAACAAUCCUUCCACUAACGGUGUGAAUGGUCAUUUACCAGGAGAUGCCCUUGCAGCAGGCCGACUGCCAGAUGUGCUUGCUCCACAGUAUCCAUGGCAGUCAAAUGAUAUGUCAAUGAAUAUGUUACCACCAAAUCACAGUAAUGACUUUUUGUUGGAACCUCCUGGACAUAAUAAAGAAAAUGAAGAUGAUGUAGAAGUUAUGUCAACUGACUCCUCAAGUAGUAGUAGUGACUCUGAUUAAAACAUGAGACAGCAUACAGAAUUGAAUAUUGUAGAAUUCUGUUUCUUAAACACUAGCAGGGAAAGUGAAUUGCUUACUUGUAAGCAGUAGCCACAUAAGUAUUGGCUCUGAUGGAAUUGUGUAGCACAUUAAAAUCAAAGUGGAUUUUUUUUUUAAAGCCUAAACCCAUGGUUUUAGUUCUAAUCCACUAGAACAAAUGUUUGGGAUUAAACAAAAUUUAUUAUUAAAGAAAAGAUGAUUCAGUAGUUCAGUGCUGCCCUACCUUGUUCUCUUCCAGUUGUGCUGGGUUUAUAUAUAGUAGUUCCGGAAAUAAGAUUUGAGGCAAAUAACCCAUGUACAUAUUACUAAUAGGCUUCUAGCAAUUAUUCAAAAGGUAUUUUUUUAAAAAGCAGAGGAUUACUGAAUCUGCAUCAUAUUUCAUAAUAAAACCACUCAUUUGAAAGUAAAGUCUCUUGGCUUCUGUUGCAAGAAAAGAAGAACUUGCCUCAAUUUGUACUGUUUGUAAUUAUUAUAAUUUUUGUAAAUAAAGUUGCUUUUGUUUAUA